AUGUAUGAACAAGGCCUAAAGCCGCAUCAUACUUUGUAUGUUGAGCGGUGGUUCAACCGCUUCUGGCGACCAAUCACAGCUCUGCUGUUUUAUCCCGUCUCGCCACAAACCGGUUUUCACUGGCUUUUGAUGCUAUACUUCUUGUAUAACUACUCGAAAAAUCUUGAAACUGGUGUUUUCUCUGGACGACCUGCAGAUUACCUGUACAUGUUGAUAUUUAACUGGUUGAUUUGUACGGGAAUAUGUAUGGCCGCAGGAGUAUACUUCUUGUUGGAACCAAUGGUCUUGAGUGUCCUGUAUGUUUGGUGUCAACUGAAUAAAGACACAAUUGUGUCGUUUUGGUUUGGAACUACGUUCAAGGCAAUGUAUCUUCCGUGGAUUUUGUGUGCUUUCAACGCUGUUCUUCGCGGUGGUGGAAUGAACGAGCUUCUGGGAAUCCUUGUCGGCCACACCUACUACUUUCUUGCGUUCGACUAUCCGUUACAACAUGGAGGAGCUUCCUUCUUGCAAACACCACAAUUUCUCUAUAACUUCCUCCCCAAUGAAGAGGGUGGUGUUCAUGGAUUUGGAGCAGAACGAGUAAAUCAACGUCGUGCUGGUGGUGCUCAAGGUGGUGGCAGCUCAUCGUCCAACCGCCUGAUUGGCCCUAAGGAUCACUCAUCAAUCCAACUCGAUAUCGUCGAUGUUGACCCCAUCACAGGCCGCAUGGUUGCUGGAAAAUCGACUCGUUAUGCCAUUUGUGGUGCUCUGCGCCGUCAAGGCGAAUCCGAUGACGCCUUGUUGAGGCUGGCUCAAAGAGAUGGGAUCAUUCCCAAGAACCUCUGA